CCAAGCACUCUCGACCACGGUCGGGCAGCAAACACCUCACACUGAUGGACAUAAUAUGAGGGUGAUGAGCGCCUUGGCUUCAUUAUGAGCUCAUCCACCGUUUCUGUGUCGGCUGCGACGCCGACGCAACAUCCUUUCCAGAGGAAGAUCGACGAGAUCAAGCCAUCGAAGAUGGACAUCAACUUCGUCAUCAUGGACUAUCUGGUUAGUGAGGGGUAUCCCCGAGCUGCGGAGAGGUUCGCCAAAGAAGCGAACAUUCAUGUGCCUCUUGUGGAGGAGUCCAUUCAGUCGCGUGUAGAAAUACGACGGGCUAUCCACAGUGGUGACAUUGAUGCCGCUAUCACCAAGAUCAACGAUCUAAAUCCUCAGAUCCUCGACACAAACCGCUCUCUGCACUUUACAUUGCUUCGUCUGCAGCUUAUCGAGCUCAUUCGGACAUGCACUUCGUCUGCGACCGCGGACGUCACACCUGCGCUGAACUUUGCUUCAGCACAACUCGCACCUCGUGCUGCCACAAUCCCAGAGUUCUUGAAGGACCUCGAGCUGACGAUGACUUUGCUUAUCAUGCUCCCCGCUACCGGCAAGCUACAACCAGAGCUAGCUGAGCUUCUCGAACCUUCGCUUCGCCGAGAUGUAGCGAGCAAAGUCAACGAGGCUAUCCUCACCAGUAUGGGUGAUCAUGGGGAAGCGCGGAUGCGGAGUUUGGUUCGCCUACGACAUUGGGCAGAGGCAAAGGCUAGGGCUACUGGCAAAGAUAUCCCGCCUGUUCUUCCCCUUGGCCUGCAAGAUGCUGAUGAAACAUCAUCUGAAAAUAACGGGCGCAACGGUGGAGCAGGAGAUGAGAUGGUGCAGUAGUUCGGUAUUGGUCAUCUCCCAAGCUCUAAUGAACUUGCGUAUAACCCUCUAUAUAAUGCCUUCCAGCAUAUUUGGGAGUUGGAAGUGUCUUGAGCUUACGUCACUAAAUGGAGUUAAACCUCUGUUGUGUACGUCAAGAGAGGAACAAGAGCCUUCCUUAAUAACACACUAUGUUUCUUCACAUUCUCUUCCUCUCCUCAAGUACUUGUGAAAUAUAUUUACGCACAUUGUGUGACGAUGAGGCGUCGAGGAUUCGAGACAAAGAGUCAAGUUCGCCAUCAAUACCUUGGUCCCAGAACGACUACUAUUGUCAGGUCGAUAACGAACUGAGGAGAGUGGUUGGUACGAGACGUGAUAAUAUGAGACGAAUGGAAUACGGCCGUUGAGUUGGUUAUCUGUCUGGUCCUGGAUGUGAUGUGUUGUUUGUUUUUAAAAGCUAUUGCUUGAAUGCCUCUUUGAAACACUGCGAAAUC